ACCCUAGUACUUAACGUCCCUUCACAGUUCACAGUUCACAUUUCAACUUCAUCAUCCUCACCAAAUAUGAAAUGAGUUGCAGUCCUCACUGUUCUCUUCUUCCAGCCUACUGCUACUUCGCCACUCAGUCCAAACCAAACACCAUAGAGCUGAGAUAUUGCUUUGGCCCUUAAUACUUUUCUUGGUUUCCCUUUUGUAGUUAUCUGCAACUUAUAGUCAAGUUGUGGUUCUCAUUCUCAAGCAGAAGAGUAGUUAAACCUGAGGAAUAUACUUGUGCGUAUUUCGGGUUUAUUGAAAAUAAUAAACCAAGGGAUUGUCCCAUUAAGUGAGAAACUUGUAUGAGUCUUGGUUCAAUUGGGUUGGUCUGAAAAGGAAGCAUUGGGUUACAAUAUAUGUUAUAUAGAUAUUCGUAGCAACUUAGUUAUUGUUCUUAUAAGUUGGAAGAGAAAGAUGGGGUACGCUAUUAUCCAACAGAGUUAUUUGGCCCAAGUUCGUUGUUUGCAUGGUCUACAUGGGUGCUCCAAACAAGAGGGUCACAGUUCUCGCCUUUGCCAGUGCUCAGUAAUGAAAUCUCCUGUGUUCCGUUUAAAUUGCUCAAGCAAGUGUAAUCACAAAACUCAAUUUUGUUUACAACGGAAGGGAGGUAUUGGUUCUGGAAGAAAUUCGCGUCUUUUACAAUGUAGAGGUUUGCAGAGAAGUGUUUGCAUUGGUAGAGACAAUGAAAUUGACCAAGAUGAACGACGCUCUGAAAAUUAUGAUAUGGGUGUUGAAAGAAAUUUCAGACAGCUAAUGAAGAAGACUUCAAGUUCUUCAUUGUUGUAUUCAGAUGGACCUUUAGUUGAAAACGAUGAGGAAACGAACAAUGGCAUUCUUCAGAAUUUCUGUAGCCAAGGGAGGUUGGUGGAUGCAUCGAGGUUGGUUGAUCUUAUGGCACGACGAAACCAAAUUCCAGACUUCCAUUCUUGUACAAACUUAAUACGAGGCCUUAUCAAAUUGGAUCGGUUAGAUAAAGCUUCCAAAAUCCUUAAAGUCAUGGUCAUGUCCGGUGGGGUUCCAGAUAUCAUCACAUACAACAUGAUGGUUGGUGGUCUCUGCAGGAGAGGACUGUCAAGAUCUGCCAUUGAUCUCUUAGAUGAGAUGAGCUUGAGUGGUUGCCCUCCGGACGUGAUUACAUAUAACACAAUAAUUCGGUGUAUGUUUGAUAGUAGGAAUUUUGAUAUGGCAAUUGGAUUUUGGAAGGACCAAUUGAGAAAGGGAUGCCCUCCUUUUCUGAUUACCUACACAGUUCUCAUUGAGCUUGUCUGCAAGCAUCGUGGAACUUUGCGGGCUCUUGAAGUAUUGGAAGAUAUGGCGAUUGAGGGCUGUUAUCCUGAUAUCGUAACCUACAAUGGUCUGGUUAAUUUUAAUUGUAAACGGGGAAAAUAUGAAGAUGUAGCAUUGGUUAUAUAUAAUCUUUUAUCUCAUGGUAUGGAACCCAAUGCUAUAACUUACAACACUCUUCUGAAUUCUCUUUGUAAUCGUAGGUAUUGGGAUGAAGUAGAUGAGAUUGUGUCGGUUAUGAAAGAAACUUCCCACACUCCUACAGUGGUUACUUACAACAUCUUGAUUAAUGGUUUGUGCAAAGAUGGGCUUUUGGAUCGUGCCAUUAACUUUUAUAAUCUCAUGGUUUCCCAGAACUGUUCACCUGACAUUGUAACUUAUAACACUCUCCUAGGUGCCCUUUGUAAAGAGGGAAUGGUGGAUGAGGCCCUCCAAGUGCUUCACAUUUUAAGUGGUACCAGUUGUUCUCCUUGUUUGAUCACUUAUAAUACUGUGAUUGAUGGGUUGGCUAAGAAGGGUUUGAUGGAGAAAGCAAUGAGAUUGUAUGGUCAAAUGAUAGAAAAAGGGAUAACUCCUGAUGACAUUACCCAUCGUUGUCUGAUUUGGGGCUUUUGCCGGGUGGAUCAAUUGGAGGAAGCUGUUGAACUAUUGAAGGAGAUGGGUAAGAGAGAUCACAAGGUCGGAAAUAAAGCUUAUAGAUUCAUGAUCCAAGGAUUAUGUAAAAAUAAGAAGGUGGAUAUUGCAAUACAAGUUCUAGAAAUGAUGAUUUCAAGUAGAUGCAAGCCAGAUGUGACGAUUUAUUCUAUGAUCAUUAAAGGUGUGACUGCUGCUGGUAUGACCAAAGAGGCUAAUGAGUUGCAUAAGAAGUUGAUAGAAUGGGGCGUUUUGAGAGAGGGGGCCAUGCUGGAAUAGUGAGUUCAUGUGAAAACUUGACCUUAUUCAACAUUUCUUAGAAUCCAGACAACCACUUUCAUGCUUAAAAUUGUACAGAGUAUAAAUUCUCACAAGGUAGCAUUUUUGUAUGAACUUGCUGAUACCAGAGUCCAGAGAGACAUCUGGGGAUCCAUAAGAAUGUUAUCACUUGGAAUCUGCUAGGGCUUCCAUACUGCAGGACAGGAGUGUAUACUUCAGACGCCUAGGACACAGAAAGAUUUUUGGUUUGCUGGUUGUCAUUGAGUGCAUUUAUUGUAAGGUAAUUAGUACACCAUCUAGGUGCAACUUUGCCCUUGUAGAUUUAGAGAUUGAGAAUUUUAUACAGACAGCAAUCUUCCUUUUUGUAAUGAAUUCUUUCUUCUUGAUGUGCACACGCGCUGCCCAGGUUAAUCUAUGAUAAUUUGU